CAAGGCCCAGUCUAUACCACCGGGAUUUGAGAGUUUAGUGUUUACCAGUUCUUCUCUGUGCCUGCUCCCUUGCUCAGUGAAAAUCUCGAGAGCAAAAAAUGCAGAAACAAUUACAGAUUUCUCUGUUCAAAUUGCUUUUGACACGCCCUUUUGAACAUUCUCCAAAACCCACAAAUACACUUUCCCAAAAAUAUCUCACGCUGAUUUCAUCUCAACUCGUUCCCAACUCAGUCGAAUCUCCUAACCCCAAAUUUCUCCACGCCCCCAUCUCAAAUCUCCACACUUUCACACACCCUUUUAGACGGAGCCGCCGAAAUCGGUCCCCAACUGGCCACACUCGAAGAAGGCACAGUACUGAAUCUGGAAGUGGGUCGGUGCCCGAGUUAGAUGUAAACAAAGAAGUUGACAUGAUAAACCUCAAGUUUGCAGAGGCAAGAGAGGAGAUAGAGAUGGCUAUGGAGUCGAAAGAAACUGUCUAUUUUGAUGAAGAGGCAGAGUGUGCAAGGGCUGCAGUAAAGGAAGUUACGGACAUGUUUGAAGGGCUAUUAGGGAAAUUGCAAGAGAGUAAAAAGGCGGCUUUGCAAAGGUCGAUGGGGCUCAAGAUGGAGCAGUUAAAGGCCGAGCUUCAACAGUUAAAUGAUUAACGAGAUUUUAUUAUGAGCUGGUGAGAUAUUGCUGGUGUUGAGCUUUGAAUGCACCGAUGCAGUUGAUGCUAUUACAUGUACCCAAAUUCCAUAGAGUAGCUCCUUGCUCUUAAGAACCUGCCGAAGAUUAGGAUGGAACGUAAGCAUAAAGAUUAGGAGAAAAUGUCAUGUUUGUCAUCCCUCAAGCUAUUUGCGGUUUUCGUGACAACGAGCCAACUUCACACGUAAUUGACGGCACCGUUUGGCAA